CUUAUAGAAAUAGUAAAUGCUGUUUUCUUGGGCUCAGUCAUAGCCAUCUUCGGAAUAGUUGCCAACUCUAUCAACAUCGCCGUCUUCUUUCGCCAGGGACUCAAUACAACGAUAAACAUCAGCUUCACCAUGCUGGCCGUGUCGGAUCUGUGCAGCCUGGUCACAUACCUCAUGUAUGGCGUCUGUACGAAUCCGUUGGUCGUCAACUCCGGGGCGCCGGUCGUGUUCUCCGAGGUGAAACACCUGACAUCCGCGUUCCCACACGCGUGUUUCAGCCGUGUCACCGCCUGGAUCACUGCCUACAUCACGGCCGAGAGAUGUGCUUGUAUCGCCUACCCGUUAAAAGUCAAGAGAAUGAUCACAUCGCGUCGUGCAUGUGUAAUCUUGGUGGCCAUCUACGCGGUGAUGAUGCUGUCGCUGACACCGGAAUAUGCAACCGUUUACGUCACAUGGAAGUUUUACCCACAGCUGAACAGGACUCUUCUUGGGCUCGCCUUCGGACCAGACAGGUACAAGUUCCAAGGACUGAGUCUCCUUCUGUAUGCCAUCUACAUGCUGGUAUCUUUUGUUGCCAUUGUUGUCUUCACGGCGAUCCUUUUACUGGAGUUCAACAGAAAGGCAAGGUGGAGAGUCAAGGCUGCUUCGGGGAGACAUCAAUCAGAGAGCAUGGCGCCACGUGACAAGAAGACAGUGAAAUGGUCAUCGUCAUAUCCGGGUUUUUCACGGCAAGUGUCAUGCCAACGGUCAUCUUGUUAUCUGUCGGGUUGACUGUCCCUGGUUUUGAUAUCGUCGGAGAGUAUUCCAACCUUUUUUUCGUCUGCUUUUCCUUUUCAUUCGUGCUUGAUGCGCUGAAUUCGAGUGUUCACUUAGUUCUAUAUUACAGGAUGAGUUCCAAGUACAGGGAGACUUUUCAUGAGAUUUUUAAAAAA